GAGGACUCAGUGGUUUCAAGCAGAACCAUGAAAACCUCUGCGAUAACUCCCUCCAGCUGCAAGAGUGCCCGGAGGGGGGAGGAGGGGGCGGCGCGUCUGCUGUGCCCCCCACGCUACCUCAGUCCAUCCCUACUACGCCAGACAUUGAGAACGCUGAGCUCACCCCUAUCCUGCCCUUCCUCUUCCUUGGAAAUGAGCACGAUGCUCAGGACUUGGAGAAAAUGCAGAGGAUGAACAUAGGCUACAUAAUCAAUGUGACCACCCACCUCCCCCUGUACCAUUAUGAGAAAGGUCUGUUCAACUACAAGCGGCUCCCGGCUACUGACAGCAACAAGCAGAAUCUCAGGCAGUAUUUUGAAGAGGCUUUUGAGUUCAUUGAGGAAGCUCAUCAGUGUGGAAAAGGUCUCCUCAUCCACUGCCAGGCUGGUGUCUCCCGAUCUGCCACCAUAGUUAUCGCGUACUUAAUGAAGCACACGCGCAUGACCAUGACGGAUGCCUAUAAAUUUGUAAAAGGCAAACGACCAAUCAUUUCCCCUAACCUUAACUUUAUGGGGCAGUUACUGGAGUUUGAAGAAGAUCUAAACAACGGUGUUACGCCGCGAAUCCUCACACCAAAGCUGAUCGGCGUAGAGACUGUCGUGUGACGGCAAAGCUGUGAGGAGGUGGUCAAUGAAGGGGUUAACCUAUUCUUCACCUAAUCUGGGGCAGUGGUGGGUGGGUUGUGGGUUUUUCUUUUUAGCUUUCAAGGAGGGUUUUGUGGCAAACUUUUUGUGAAUAAAAACUUUUUUUUCUUUUUUGUAAGGAAAGGUUUUUAAAAGAGAUCCAAGAACUUUGCUACGUUUGGGAUGCUGUUGUGAUUUCCUUCCCAAACACUGGCAGAGCAGGGAGGCUUUGGAGCAAAAGGAGUACUUUUUAAAAUCAAAACAAAAAGAAGAAAUAUUGGCCUUUUUUUUUUUUUUCUUUUCAUUUUUCCCUCCUCUCUAGCUACUUGUAGAGAUUAUGGCUAAGUAGUCUGUGCAGGUUCAUAGACUGAAGAAACCUAAGUUGAAGACGAAACACAAACAGCCAAAACAAAGCGGGAGAAAAAAAGAACUCCCUGAAACAUAAGGGCCUUCGUUCUGCAAAGGCUUUGCUAAAGAUAACCUAGCAAAACACUCACCAAUGCAAAGGAAAUUGGAGCAGCUUAAAAAGUCUGUAAGGCACUUUUCACACUCCUGACUCAAACUAAAGAAGAAAAAAGUUUAUUUGGCGUGUUUCAUGUUCCAGUUCUAUUUUUCUAUUUUGGGGUGUAAGGUUUUAACUGUAAGGGACUUUGAUCAUUCUAUGCCAUAUGCCUUCACUGGCUUCUUGUGCAAUAAUAAUUUCUGGUUUGUUUUGAGUGUUCAAACCAAUUAGAGUUGGCUGCCCACUAAUAAUAAGAUAAUAAUUUUUGAAGUCUCAUAGUGCAGCGGCAGCCGGCUUGGUUCAGAAAGGAUAAAUGAGAGCAAUUAUUUUGUUUCUUUAUAUGAUUUUGAUCCUGGUUACAGUGCCAUAAACCUUGUUACAUAUGUAUAUCAGAAUGUACAAAAAUCGAGAACGAGCAAAGUUUAUUUAAAAAUAUUUUUCGCACAAAAUAUUGUUGUGUUUCAGUUGUCUAUGUAAAAAAAAAAUUUGAUUAUAAAACAAAAAAUCUUUUGGAAAA